AUGUUUAGAAGCGACGCCGCCAGCCAGCAAGACGUGGACGACGCGAUCCAAAACGCCCACGAGGUUUUCAAGUCUGGCGUGUGGUCAAGGGCCUCGCGACACCAUCGUGCCCGCGUGCUUGAAAAGAUUGCCGAGAUUGUGGCUCAAGAGCUUCCGAAUCUCAUCCACGUAGAAGUCAGGCAGACCGGCCGCGCGGUUCGCGAAAUGAAGGCCCAGAUACCGUCACUGCUCCGCUGGUUCAAGUACUACGCCAGCUUGCUGCUCACCGAGGAGCUGCCUGUUCUACCCACCAUGGGCAAGUUGCACAACUGGCUGCAAAGAGUACCCUUGGGUGUCGUCGUCCAAAUCACGCCCUUCAACCACCCCAUGCUCAUCGCCGUCAAGAAGCUUGCGCCGGCUCUGGCUGCGGGCAACAGCAUCGUCUUGAAGCCCAGCGAACUUACACCUGUGACCAGUCUGCUUCUCGGGCCGAUAUUCAAGACCGCGGGCGUCCCAGACGGCGUCGUCAACAUCUUGCCCGGGUACGGGCCGGUUACGGGAAGGGCGCUCGUCAGCCACCCUCUGGUGAGAAAGGUCGACGUCACGGGCGGCACGGCUGCCGGACAGGCCAUUGGGUCCAUCGUGGGAGGCAAUCUCGCCCGCUACACGGCGGAGCUUGGUGGCAAGGCCCCUCUGGUCGUCUUUGAACAGGCCAGCGUCGAGGCGGCGGUCAACGGCAUCGCAUUUGCGUCAUUCAUCGCCGCUGGACAGACGUGCGUCGCGGCGACGAGGAUCAUCGUCCAGAACAGUGUCAUGCCCGUCCUGUUGGAAAAGUUGCAGCGCAAAUGCAACCACAUUUUGCGGAAAAUGGGCUCGCCUCUGAACGAAAAGUCCACCAUGGGACCUUUAAUUUCACUCGGGCAGCUUCAAAAGGUCGAGUCGUUGGUCAAUGAGUGUGUCAGCGAGGGAACUGGGCAGGUUCUUUGUGGUGGUCAGAGAAUGACUGGGCUGUCUCAGCUGGACGGCAUUGAUUUCGGGAAGGGAUACUUUUACCCGCCGACGGUGAUGACCGGUAUCGCUGGAAAGAGCAUUACCGAGGCAAGGAUAUGGAGAGAGGAGGCCUUUGGACCCGUCAUUGUCGUGGCUGGAUUCGAUGACGAGGACCAAGGAGUUCUUCUUGCCAAUGACAGCGAGUUCGGACUGGGAGCUGCCUUGUGGACGCAGGAUCUGAGCCAGGCCUUUCGGGUUUCCCAGCAAAUUCACUCUGGUAUUGUCUGGGUGAACACACAUCACCGGAACGACCCAAGUAGCCCCUGGAGCGGUGCUUCGAAGUCUAGUGGUGUAGGCAGCGAAAAUGGCAUGGAUGCCUAUCACGACUACACGACUACCAAGAGUGUCAUCAUGAAUUACGCUUCGGCUAACGAGACGUUGGCCGAAGAUGAUUGGUUUGGGGAGAGCGCGGGGGAAGUUCGCUAUGGUUGA